AUGGUCGUCCAUAUGAGGGAAGGACAAGUGGUUAGAUACAAGGUUAACGCGAAGGCCGACAUGGUUAGGAACAACAUGACCCUGAUAAGCUGUCCGUGUCGAAAAUGCGGACUCCGGCAGUGGAUCGACCCUGAUUCUGGACAACUGGAGGAACACCUGCUCAGGCGCGGUUUCAUGCUCGGCUUCAACGAGGAGCCGGCGGCAAAUGUUGGUCAUGAAGAAGAGGCCGACAUUGGGCGAGAAGACGAAGAGUCUCCCGAACAUGGUGUUCAUCAUGAGGAAGGAGAGGGCGAUGAAGGAGAUGAUGAUGCCGGAGGAGAUGGUGGUGGAGAUGCCGAGAGCAAGCAGACGCCGCUAACGUCGGCCCUGCGGGACCCUCAUGUUCAAGAGCUUCUCCUGAAGGACACGGGCAACGCCAAACCUGAAGCCAAGCUGGCGCAAAUGGAGGUAGACGGGAUGACUCCAUUGUAUCCAGGGUGCCGGCCCGAGGAUACACGCUUGAGUGUAACGCUCGAGUGUCUGGAGAUGAAGGCGGAACACAAAUGGACCGACAGCAGCUUCAGCGAUAACAUGAAAUCCUGGCAUGCUCGUCUUCCCAAGGACAACACAUUGCCGACAAGUAUCGACGAGGCCAAGAAAGUAGUUUGCCCACUCGACCUACCGCACGUAAAGUACCACGCAUGCAUCAAUGAUUGUGCACUUUUUCGGAAUGAGUACAAGGAUAGAACCACAUGUCCGGUGUGCGGCCAAGGACGGUACAAGAGAGGGAACAAGAAAGUUCCUCUGAAAGUUGUCUGGGAGAAGCCCGCAGAUGAUCCGGAGAAGGGCAAGAUCCUGACACACCCUGCAGACGCUAGCCAGUGGAAUGCGUUGGACAUUGAGUUCUCAGAUGAGUUCGGGAGCGAACCGAGGAACAUUCGUCUGGGCAUGAGCACCGACGGACUCAAUCCCUUUGGAAACCAGAGUAGAACGCAUAGCACCUGGCCCGUGUUUGUAUGGCCAUACAACCUCCCUCCCUGGCUGUGCACAAAGCAGCGGUACGUAUACAUGAGUAUUCUUAUUCAGGGGCCAAAACAACCGAGCGUGGACAUGCAUCUGUAUCUCGGUCUGUUGAAAGAGGAGUUAGCCACGCUGUGGCAGACGCCGGCCCCUACUUGGGACGCGUACAAAAAAGAUUAUUUCCCUCUUAGAGCCGCAUUGCUAACGACAGUGCAGGACUAUCCUGGUUACGCAUAUGUAUCGUGCCAGGUGAACCACGGAUUCAAGGGAUGUGUCAAGUGCAUGGAUAAGACCCCGCAUCUGCAGCUGCCGAAGCCUCCCGGGUCUUGUAAAACUGUGUUCCAAGGGACUCGAAUGUGGCUUCGCUUCGAUCACCCGUGGAGAAAACGCAAGGAUCUGUUCAACGGCGAAGAGGAGCUCGGAAGAGCCCCACGACCGAGGAGCGGCGAAGAAAUAUCCGAGCUUUUGGAAAAUUGGGAAGAGUGCCCCGCGCCGGGAAAGAAGCGACCGCGGGAAUCGCCGCUGCUGGGAGUAUGGAAAGCGAGGAAGUCCAUCGGCGUUAAGCAGCUCAACAGGCUACAAGAAGAGAUCGUCGAGAUACUAUGCGAGCUCGAGAUUUACUUCCCGCCAGCGUUCUUCGACAUCAUGGUGCAUCUGCUUGUCCAUGUAGUGGAUGACAUCAUCCACCUCGGGCCGACAUUCCUGCACAACAUGAUGCCAUUCGAAAGGUUGAACGGUGUCAUCAAAGGAUUCGUUCGCAACAGGGCCCGUCCAGAUGGAAGCAUAGCCAAGGGCUUUCUCACCUACGAGUGCAUCUCCUUCGCCGUAACUACCUAA